GCUGCAACCCGAGAAAAAAAAAAAAAAAGGGGAACCCAGCCAUGCUUGAGAAACUAGUGAGAAAACUUGGAUUUCUCCUUCUUUUCUUGCUCUAGAACACUCCUAGAACCCAGAAAUCUUCCCUCCCCUGCUGGAAAAGCCGGAUCUGCUCUGCUCUUCUGCCCUUGUCCGCCGGCUGCUCUUGUUGUGGGUGCAAAUUCUGGGCAUUUUUCGAACCCGUGAGCUUUCCCUGCAGCUUACCGCCGGCCUCUUCCCCAACCUGCAGUCUGGUUCCUUGCUUGUAAAUUCUGGUAUGUGACAGCCUUUUUAGGCUGAAAUUGUCCAUUUUGUUUGCUGCCUUGUGUGUCCGAAUUUGACUGGGGAGGAAUUCCGGUAGCUUUAGGACCAUGAUUAAGCACUAAUUUAAGUGGGAUUUAUGUGAUUGAGUGUUAAUUGCUUGUUGUGAUUUUUGGAGAGAAAAUCCCGUGAGAUUAGCUAGUGUUUUGGCCAAUUUGUGAAAGUGGAGUUACUGUUCACGUUGGGGUACUGUUCACCGGUUACUGUUCACACCCCGAGGGCCAACAUUUAACGGGAAUUUAAAUGAUUAGUUUGUGAUAUGAGAAUGAAUUUGGAGAUGUCCGAUCAUGUGGAAAGUGAUAGAAAUAGCAUUGUGAUUAGGAAUGAUCCUAAUGAAGUGUUCAGUGUGAAUUUGUGAUAGUCUGGUAUUAAUUCUGAGGUGUUUUGAUUAGGUUCCCGAUCGUUCUGUCAGUUAGCAUCGAGAUUGAGUGCUCGGUUUUAUGCGAGUGAGGUAAGUAAAUUUAUGGUUUCUGAUCGUUCUGUCAGUUAGCACUGAGAUUGAGUGCUUGGUUUUAUGCGAGUGAGGUAAGUAAAUUUAUGGUAAUGACCGUAAUGUUUUAAAAGCAUGUUUUGAUUUGUUUUUGAAGCGGUGGCGGGACUAAACCCGUUUUACACGAGCAUGACUGAUUUGAAGUGAAAUGUUUAUGUUUUUCAUUAAAUUGAGCAUGCCUACUUGAAAGUUUAAGUGACUGUCCUGAUGAUCUGAAAGUGAUUGUGAAUUGUGAUUUCUUGCUAACUUCAGCCUGUUUUGUCUCCGAUAUGGUCAUGUAUUCGUGACCCUGCUAGUGGGGGGAGGUUAUAAACGCUAGCACAUGUCGACAUGUUUGUGAUAGAACCGGUUCGCUCGUGGCCCUACUAGUGGGGAUUAUACACUAGUAUUCGUGUGCCCGCCAGUGGGAGGUUUAUAAAUGCUGGCCGUGACCUAUAGAGGAGACGUCUAUUUCGUUUCCGUACCCGUAUCUGUUUUUCGUGAUUGCACUUGUUGGCAUGCUAUAAGUUUAAUAUUGGGCACUCCAUAUUUUACUUACUGAGUUAUCUCGUAGUUUUUCCUUGUCCACCAUUUCAGGAAGUGAAACCGAGGACGGGGAAACCACGGGAAGUGACGAGUUAGAAAGCUAGCCAUUUCUGGAUUGAUAUAGAUUUUAGAAAUAAAUCAUGAUUUUGUAAACUGGAUUUUAAUUGGAGAUUUUAUAAAUUCAUUGAAUGGAU